AUUGAUCUAUCAAGUAUGAUAAAUAGAUCGGGCGCUCGUAGGUGCUGUUGCUCAAAAAGCUGCUGCUACAAGAAUUGGGUUAGUCACCCCCAAUAUAUAAAUAACAAAGAAAAAAACAAUUAGCAGCGCUGAUAGGUAAUAUAGUAUAAAAUAUAAUAGGAGGAUUGGCACCUACGAGCGCCCGAUCUAUUUAUCAUACUUGAUAGAUCAAUCCUUUUGCUACUACACAUAGUCUCGAUUGGGCAGCAUGGGCUGUUUCUCAAACUUUUCGGACAGACUCAAUAGGCGACAGGGUUAUCUCUCUAAAUGGGAGACCCCUUUUACAAAUAAAGCGGAAAGCCGUGAUGAUUUAAAGGAAGACUUCUUUAAAUUAGAAGACCUUCUAAAAUCAGAAGUAAGACAUUGGUUGGACACGAUCAAUAUGCAGAAAUACAUUGACAGAAAAAUCAUACCGAGGGGUCUUAGGUUGUCUAAACCCUCUAUUUUUCAUGAUAAUGUGGAGUACCAAAAACGAUGGGACUCUACACUUGAUCGGUGUUCAUUAACCCUUAUGGGAAUUGUAAUUGAUUAUAGGACAGAGAAACUAAAAAUAAUAGAAUCAGAGAUUGGAAACUUAAAGGAGAAACUUGAGCCACAUAGUCAAAGCAGCGAAUUUAAAGAGAGAGACAUGGCAGUUACAGAGAGAGUAAAUAAAUUUGAGCAGACAAUUUUAGAGACCAAGUGUAAAAAGUUCCAGAGAGAUGUGGAAGACUAUAGAACAGACAAUGUAAGAACCUUUAAACAAUUUAAAAACUCUAAUUUUAGAGAACCACCUAACAACUAUAAUAAAUCUGUCUCACAAUAUAGACCAGACAGAAGAGGUCGAGUAGAUACUCCAAGAUCCCAACAGAGGAUGAGGAGAUACUACAAUAAAGAUCCCCAAGAAAGAUUUGAACAUAGAUCACCCACUAAGAAAGUAGAUGUAGGAAUUUCUCCCACACCUAAGAAUAGUGAUCUCGGAGCAAGGCCUAAAUCACAUCCUGACAGCUCCCUGACUACUAGCAGUUUUUUAGAGCAGCGAAAGAGAAGAUUACAGGAUCAGGACAGGGAGUGGCAAAAAGAAACAGGGAGAAAAAGAAGAAAUAUCAGUUUCGAGGAAGAAGAGGAGGAAAGAAGGAGGCCAGUAAGAAACUAAAAAGGAGUAAGAAGGCUACACAUAAAAAGUGCAUUUUUAAUUUGUCUACAAAGAAACUGACAGAUAAUGAAAUUCAAGUCCUUAAUAAGGGACUUAAAUUCUCCCCUUCAGCACCUCCUAAUAUGUUUACCCUUUUUGUAGAACUGAACCGCUUUGUUCGGACUUUAUGCAGAAAAAAGUUUUUUGAUAAACAAAAAUUAUUGAAGAAUGCUGAUGAAGCCUUUCCCAUUGUUCUUGAUGGAGAAGAUACUCUAGCUUUAGAGGCCCUUACAGACCUUUUAGAAGAAAAUACUAGUGAUGUCCCCUUAAAAACCCAACCAUUAUUUAAUAUUAAUGGGAGAAAAGAACUGAGGAUAAAAUCUGAAUUCUAUCCAAUUAAAACAAAGGGGUCAAGUAUUGACAGCUUUUAUAAAACGACCCUGGAAGAUUUUAAAAUUUUAUGUUCUAAAACCACCAAUUCGCAGAAAUCAGAUAACCUCAACAAAUGGGAGAGAAAAGCCCUGCAUAGGCUAACGAAAGAUAGCUCAAUUAUAAUCAAGCAAGCUGAUAAGGGGGGGGGACUUGUCUUACAAGAUAGAUCUGACUACAUUAAGGAGGCAAACAGGCAGUUAAAGGAUGUCAAGUUUUAUAAAAUCCUUACAAAGGAUCCUACCUCUGAAUAUCUCUCCGAGCUAUACGGCCUUCUUGAUGGGGCAGCUUGUAACAAUCUGAUCUCCAGGGAAGAAUUUAGAUUUCUAUAUAAUUCACACCCAACAGUCCCCACCUAUUAUCACCUUCCUAAAAUUCACAAGUCACUCAUUGCACCCCCUGGUCGUCCCAUAAUUUCCGGUAUAGGUUCCCUCACAUCUAAUCUUUCUCACUACGUAGAUAUUUUUUUACAGCCACGAGUUUCUAUGCUCAAGUCACAUAUUAAGGACACAACUAACUUUUUGAACUUGAUUAAAGAUGUUAAAUGGAAAGACACUUAUGGUUUCCUCACUCUUGACGUUCAAAGUCUAUACACCAAUAUCCCACACGAUCUAGGUA